AUGCAGAAAGCCGUUUUGUCAUUUCAUCCCCCCAAGCUGCGACAGCAUCGAGAUAGUGACUCGGCGAAGAGGCCAAUCGAGGAAGGUGUUGUUCCCAAUUCCCCAUUUAGAAACACCCUCCCUGUGAGGUGCCAAAGGGACGACUGGCGCUGCUUUCGUUUGAAGAGGACCGACUGGGUGACACGCUACAUGUUGUUGGGCGGUAGCGCUGACCUCUUCGAGCAGUCUGUGCCCUUACAGCCCGUCACAAGCACCAACGCGAUCGAGCAGUCAAACGGUGAAAUAGGGAAACCGCCAAACAGCCAAACGGCCAAACAGCCAAAAGGCCAAACAGCUAAAUAG